AUGAGCAUAAUUUUUCUUUUUCUGCUAGCAAGUGUAGCACAAUGCAAAGAAUUUUUAGAUGAUCCUCCCUCUAAUUAUACCACUGGAAACGGGAUCGCAGAUUGUGCAAAUCGUUUUUCGGCAACGUGGGCAGUUCCAGUCACCGAGGCGCUCGGAGGAGUGCGUGCUUUUCAGGGAGAGUUUCAACAUAUGGCCGCCAUCGGAUGGACCAGAACCUCUGGGAGAAUUGAUUACCUUUGUGGAGGAAGUUUGAUAACUUUGAGGUUCAUCAUGACUGCGGCUCAUUGUGCUGUAGAUGGUAAGGGCAUUCCACCAGACACCACUCGCUUGGGAGACACGGAUCUUGGCAGCGCUGAUGAUGAUGAAUCUGCUCAGCAAGUAGCAAUUGCACAGUUCAUAAAACAUCCGCAGUAUCGGGAAUCAAAAAGGUACUACGAUAUCGCGCUAAUUAAGUUAGCCAAAAACAUCGUGCAACAAAAUGCUGUGUGUGUUGCAUGUGUAUGGCGGGAACCGGAUUCGCCUAGUGCUUUGCUGGAGGCAGUGGGCUUCGGUACGCUUGGAUUCGGGGAGAUGUUAAGUCCCACUUUGCAGAAGGUUCAACUUCGAGCACUGGACACGGCGACAUGUGCUGAACGAAUCCCAACGAAUCGUCGUCAAAUGCCCGAAGGAUUGCGAGCGGAUCAGAUGUGUGCACACAGUGAAACCAUGGACACUUGUGAAGGCGAUUCCGGAGGUCCACUUCAAACGGAGCUACACGAUGUGUUUGGUAAUGCCUAUCCCCUGUUGGUUGGUGUUGUAUCAUUUGGAACUCCCUGUACGUCAGGAUCGACGGGAGUCUACACAAGAGUGAGCUCGUACUUGGAUUGGAUCGAAAAGGAAGUCAAUCAGUCGCUUAGUUAUGAAGGUUGUGUUGGAAGUAAGCUAUGCAAUCGCAAGCAGAAUCCCUCAAUAUCAGCUGAAGUGAAGCCGAAACUGCCCGUCAAUCGUGUUGGACUUCUUUGGGGGGAAAAAGAAACAGACAUCUAUCAGUGUGGAGGAGUUUUGAUCGAUUACCAGUAUGUGCUUACAUCAGCAGACUGUGUCACGUCCAGCAGGGGUCCUCCGAGAUUCAUAGCAUCGAGCCCGGUUGGUGAUCGCGCCCCAGUUGGGGAUGUGUUAGUAAAUCCGCAAUACAACCGAGAUAGUGCAUCCAAUGACAUAGCCCUUGUUAAAAUAAGUCAAUAUGCAAACCUUGAAGAAACCCAACCGUUAUGCCCAUGGAUGAAGAACGCAGAGUCCAAGCAAAGUAGUCUACCUCUUCAGGUUGCAGCAUCGGUUUCCCAGGGCCCGAAUCAAUAUAACAACAGCUCACGAAAGGCUAUACUCCAAACGGUACAAGGUGAACAAUGUACGGUUGGUAUGAACGCCCUGGGAAACGAUCUCGUUUGCAUCACCCGAAACAUUACGCUGGUGCCGAAAACAUGUCAGGUUGAUUACGGAGGCCCAGUAUUGAUAGAAGAAGCUAACAACGUGUAUCGCAUCCUUGGUGUGUUGUCUCGCAAAACACAAGGCUGUGAAAGCAAUGUUGUAUUCACCGACAUCACACCACACAUGCAGUGGAUGGAAUCGAUCAUAUUCAAAAAAUUGGAUAAAUGGCUCGUAUUUACCGAUUAG